CUUGCUGCUGCCAGUCACACUGAGUGAGGGGAGGUGGCCCUGGACAGCUGAGGAGCACACAAGGCCUCAGCAGUGCACAGGUAGACUCGACGUGGACCAUCACAGACGGCCAGCGCUCACCCCACGUCUGCCAGCCUACCAAGAUGGAAGAAAGCACCUUUGAAACAUUUGCUGAAGAUAUCAUCUCCACAGAAGACUUGGAGGAGUUGCCUGCGCCGGGUGAAAGCUUACCGAAGAGCAUGGAGGAAAUUGCAAGUCAAGAUGUUCCUGUCUCUGUGAAAAGUGCAGGAAGCCCCCCCACAGCCGAUGACCCAAAAGGGACCGUGGAGGAAGAGAAAAAGAAAAGGCCUCCUGAAUCAAGUCCUAUAAAGGAGAAACCAAAGUCAGCUGCCCUGGAGAAGACUGUGAGAAAGUCAGUGACAAGCAGUGAAGAAGCACCCUGGAAUGGGAUCACACUCAACCGAUGCCUCCUCGUGGCUCUCAUCGUUGUGCUCAUCACAGCCGGCUGCCAGAUGUUACAUGACAUGGUUUUUGUAGACAAUGAAGUUUCACAAGCCAAGCUGGAGCUUGAAAUUGAGCAAGAACCUGAAGUGCCAGUCUGGUUUGACAGCGGAGAAGUGGAAGAGACCAGCUCAGAUGAGGUACAGACAUCAUUCUUCGAUAACUUGGUCUGGUGGUCAUGGGUACCUGAAGUGGAAGAAAGGGGUGAUACAGAUGGUGCUACUCGUAGAAGAAGGAAAUUAGUGUCAAGGCGAGCUAAAGGUGGAGAGGUAGAAAGGGACAAACACAAAGGCAGAAUGGAUAAGGAGGGAAAGCCCCAAAAAGAGAGGACCACGACAAGGCCUCAAGAAGAAAGAAUCCAGAAGCCUCAAAAAGAAAAAAAGGACACAGCACUGAAGCUGGAAAAAAGGCAAGCCAAACCAUCCAAGAUACUCAAGGACAAGAAAAGAGACGGACGCACGGAAGAGGACAAGAGGGCUGAUCACAAAGAGAGGCGCAAACUGGGACAGGACAGGGAGAGAAGCAUUGAUCAUAAAGGGAAGAAAGAACACAAAGAAAAGAAGAGUGGACAAGAUAGGGCCAAGAGUGAAAAUCACAUAAAGCGUGUACAUGGACAUGAAAAGAAAGGAGAUGAUCACCUGAAGACAACGCAUACCAAGAAGGACAUCAAACAGAAGCAUGAGAAGAUUUCAAAAAUCAGUGACCAAAGGAAACACAUUGAACACGAACAUGAGAAGAGUGGAAAGGAAACCUUAAAGAAAAGUGACCAUAAGAUGCAUAUUGAACAUAGGCAUGAAAAGAGUGGAAAGGAAAGCUCAAAGAGUAGUGACCAUAGGAAGCAUGGUGAACAUGGACAUGAGAAAACUGGAAAGGACACCUCAAAGAGUAGUGACCACAAGAAGCACCAUGAACAUGGACAUGAGAAGAGCGUAAAGGAACACUCAAAGAUUAAUGACCAUAGGAAGCAUGGUGAACAUAGACAUGAGAAGACUGGGAAGGACAUCACAAAGGGCAGUGACUAUAGGAGGCAUGAUGAACAUGGACAAAAGACUGAAAAAGAUACCUCAAAGAGUACCGAUUACAAGAAGCAUCAUAAACAUGGACAUGAGAAGAGCGGAAAGGAUGGUGACCAUGUGAAGCAUGGUGAACACGGACUUGAGAGGAGUGGAAAAGAAAGUUCAAAGAGUACUGACUAUAAGAAGCAUACUGAACAUGGGCAUAAGACGAGUGGGCAUGAAUCCUCCAAGCACAGUGGCCACAAGGCGCACAGCCUCAAAGGAAAUACUUUCACCCUCCAAUGGGACAAAUUCAUUUUUAAAACAACAGAGGGAAAUAAAACCCGCUAGCUGACGCCCAGAGGAGAAGCCACACGAGGCCUGCAAGCUCCAAGUGGCAUUUUUUUUUUUUCUACAAAGGUUGGUUCAAGGACUUUCAGGAGAUGUGGAUUUCUGUUCUUAAAGGGAAUGGGAACCGGCAUGAUUAUAUUGGAGAUUUGGCCGUUCAUGGUCAAAAAUAAGUGGGCUACCCAACCUCCAAGUCCAUCACUUAGGAUAAGCCUCAACUGUCUGGACAGUAUGGGACCUUCACAUCAGUCCACAAGAGUUGCUCUUCUAUGCCUACCAUGAUGACGUACUUCUACCAGUCUUGAUUUUGUAGCACCCUUUGAGGUGAACAUCGGUACGUGAAUGGAUAUUUUUUUUCUGUUUGAAGUGCCAGCAGGUUACGUGACAGGGUCAGACAGAGGAAAUGACAUGAGUGGAACAUGAAUCUGUGAUCUGCCCCAUUACGCCGACUGGGCCACACUGCCUGCUAGACACAAACUUGCUGUUUCUUGCUUUUGGUUGCUUAGAAUGUUCGCCCCAGUGAAGCUUUUAAUAUACUCAACCCAAAUGGCCCAUUACCUGCACAAUUUGCAUGACAAAGAGAGAAGAAAACAAAGUGUUAAAGCUUUGCUACCAGCGGAGGAGAGCAGUUUAGGGUAGGAGUGCCCGCUGACUCCAACACAAUGGCAGGCCUUAGAGCUGUACCCUCGAGGAGGGCAUCGGGAAAACAGUCAAACCACAGGUGAUUCGGUGGAAUUCAGUGGACAUUUAAAAACAAGGCCUCCGGCUGCUUUUAUAUUCCUCGACAUUUUCUUGUUUCCCAUCACACCCUGCUAUCAAAGCCAAAAAUGUGCUAAAGCUUGCAAUUUAAUGAAGUUUAAAAUAAAUUAAAGAAAGACUGUUAAUAAAGUUCUCUACACUGCAUUGCCAA